AUGCGUCGUGCGGCUUUUCAAGCCCUUCGUACUGCCCGUCGCGUGCCAGCAUGGAAGGUCACUGGUAGGAAACCGUGCGCCGUGUCCUUCUCUAGCAGUCGGAGUCUCGGUCUACGUGCUUCCUCCACGGGCAAACACCCCUCUUAUCUCCCCGCCCCCCUCCAGUCGUCGAUGCAUCUUCGGAACUUCUCGAUCGCUGUCAUUUCGACCGCCGUCGCCUCGGGCGCCUGGUACGCUUAUCAGGGCACCGGCCAGACAUCGGCGGGUCUGAACCCAACCUCGUCGCAACUCCGUUCGUAUUCAACCGCUGGCGCACAAGCUGAAGCCCCUGCGGAGGCCACUCGACGUGCACUGCUGGUGGAUAAUGACCAGUUCUUUACCGCCCCUAUAUCUGGAGAUCAGCCAUUGUCCAAGCAUACAGACGAUUCCGAUCGUCGAGUUCUCGAAAUGUUGACCCCAGAGCAAGCCACACAGAAGCUCAGGAAGAAUGAGGAGUCAUAUCUGGUGAACCGGGGCAAGGGAGUGGUCCGCUACGAUAUUGUGCAGGUGCCUAGUAAUUCUCCAAUUGAGGAUGAUCAUGCCGAAAAGAUUAUCGAGGUGCCGUCGUCCGUUGCGGCAGCCAACCAAGGCGAAUCCAAGAGUGACUGGAUGUUCUGGGCGGUGUUUGAUGGUCAUUCAGGCUGGACAACAUCUGCCAAGUUGCGCAAUGUUCUCAUCUCCUACGUCGCUCGUGAAUUGAACACCACCUACAAAGCCGCGGCUGCUGACCCCUCUCUGUUGACGCCCUCGUCCGCUGCCAUUGAUGCCGCGAUCAAGCAAGGGUUCACUCGCUUGGACGACGAUAUUGUGCACAGCAGCGUCGACAAGGUGCUCAAGUCCAACUCGCGCCGGGUUGCAGCCGAGAUGCUUGCGCCUGCUCUUUCCGGAUCUUGCGCCCUUCUUGCUUUCUAUGACUCUCAAUCUAAGGAUUUGAAGGUCGCCUGCGCAGGUGACUCCAGAGCUGUUCUGGGUCGUCGUGCUGCGAACGGUAAAUGGACCGCAACGCCUCUCUCUGAAGACCAGACUGGUGGAACUCCGUCUGAGAUGAAGCGUCUACGGGAGGAGCAUCCCGGAGAGCCUAACGUUGUGCGCAACGGACGGAUUCUCGGACAGCUCGAGCCGAGUCGCUCUUUCGGAGAUGCAUUCUACAAGUGGAGCAGGGAUACCCAGGACAAGAUCAAGCGACAGUUCUUUGGUCGUACUCCCCAUCCUCUGCUGAAGACUCCUCCCUACGUGACGGCCGAGCCAAUCGUCACCACCACAAAGAUGGAGCCCGGAAGCGGUGACUUCCUCGUCCUUGCAACCGACGGUCUCUGGGAGAUGUUGAGCAACGAGGAAGUUGUCGGUCUUGUCGGCCAGUGGGUUGAGCAGCAGCAGCAGCUCGGCGCCAGUGGCAGCAACAAGGCCUGGCUGAAGAGCUGGUUUAGCUUUGGCAACAAGUCUGAGCUACCUGUUGAGGGGCCCAAGGCGACCGACGCUGAAGGCCAACGUCGUCCCAUCCGCCAACAGCAAUACGACAUCGCUGGAGCAGCCAGCCGCUUCACCGUUGAGGAUCAAAACGCUGCGACUCACCUUGUGCGCAAUGCGAUGGGAGGAAAGGACAAGGAGAUGGUCUCCGCUUUGCUGACUCUCCCCAGUCCUUAUUCCCGCAGAUACCGCGACGACGUAACUGUCGAGGUCAUCUUCUUCGGCGAGGGCCCCGACAACCGCACCGUCACCAUUAAUGAAGAAGCCAGCGCAUCCGAGGAGAACGUCAAGGCCAAGCUGUAG